CACGGCUCUGCUGCCGGGCGUCGUCUUCGGCGCCCUGGCUUUCCAGCACCUCAACACCGACUGGGACGCGGAUGUAAGUUCAAAAUAUUUGAACUGGAUAGCCAGUCCUGAAACUUCCCUGCAGUAUUUUGAGCAACUGCCUCGUAUCUGAUACGUUUUUCUUCUCUGGUUAUAAAGGAAGGUUUCCUUCUUGGGGAUGUGAAAGGCGAAGCUAAGAACAGCAUUACAGACUCUCAGAUGGAUGAUGUUGAAGUUGUUUACACAAUUGAUAUACAAAAGCACAUUCCGUGCUACCAACCCUUCAGCUUUUACAACUCAGCUGGCGAAUUGAAUGAACGGGCACUGAAGGAAAUACUGUUGGGAUGCAAAAAGACUGUGGUAGGCUGGUACAAGCUCAGGCGCAAUACCGACCAGUCAAUGACCUUCAGAGAACGCCUCCUCCAUAAGCAUUUGCAGUCCCACUUGUCAAAUCAGGGCCUUGUUUUUCUGUUAUUAACUUCUACUGUAACCUCAUCAAGUUCUUCCACACACAAACUUGAAUAUGCUUUGCAUAAACCACAAGAGGGUCUUUUCCAGAAAGUUCCUCUUGUUGUUGCCAAUCUGGGAAUGGCGGAACAGCAAGGCUACCGGACAGUAUCUGGUUCUUGUAUUUCUUCUGGCUUUUGUAGGGCGAUUGCAAAACACAGGUCAGAAUUUUUUAAUGAAGACGGGUCUCUAAAAGAGGUUCAUAAGAUUAAUGAAAUGUAUGCAACUUUGCAGGCAGAACUGAAGGAUUUAUGUAGUAAAGUAGUGGAUAGUGAAAGAUCAGUCGAGAAGCUGCUAACAGAAGUCGAUCAACUGAGCCAAGAAGUAAGGAAGAAAAAAGAACAGAUAGAAGCUGCAGGUAGGACCAGAAAUCACCCAGCGGAGCCAGAAGAGAACGUUUUCCUCUGUCAAGCUUUGCAACAUUUUUUCCCGAAAUCUGGACUGCAGACGAGCAUAGUUACCUUAAAAGGAAGGCAGAUUUCAAAAUACUGUUGCAACACUGACCACAAGAUCAAUGCAAUGGACCAAUUAACCUUAAUGUUAAAAGAAAGUAGUUUCCCUGGAACUGAAACGAGGCAAGUACUCAAGCGAAAAGCGACUGUGACUACCACUAGGCCAAAGCCAUUCAAAAGGCUCCGAUCUUUGCAGCUGCGUCAAAAGUUAUUUCCAAGAGAGCAAGACAACAGUGACCAAGAAAGAGACACUACAAGUAAUACUGAAACGGAGGACAACGCAACAAAAGAUCUCGAUGAACGUACGGUGUCUCCAACCCUCUAACCCUUGAAAGUGGAUAAACUCAUUGCAUAGAGCAAGUGAGCUACACCCUCCCCCUAAAGUGGUGCAUAAUUAUUCUCUACUUGUUUAUCAUAGCGGGGGCAAACAAUAUGAGGCUGCCAGUAAAAAAAAUUAAGCCAGCGUUAUCCCUGGAAUUUGAGGGAAAUGAGUCCACUCUGUUCUUCCACAACUGAAUUUGAACACAUCUUCUCAGGGAACAUUAUAGAACAAGAAUGCAACAAAACGCCUUGUCUUUUAACACACUUUUGUUUACUCUGACAUUGUAGCGAAGAUCAAACCCUCUUAAUAAUUUUGAAAGCCAGUUGAUGAGGAAGAGAUGCCUUGAUACAAAAAUAUCAUCUACACCACCAAAACAUUCUAAUAAUCAGGUCAGCUAAACCAUUGAUCAUUAAUAACAUACAACACACGCGAAACAAGAUUUGCAGCUAAAAGUGGAAUUCUAUGCACACUUAUUCAGGAAUAAAUCUCACAGAGAUUUGUGGGAAGUCCCUUAAACGUU